AUGAAUCCAGUUCCACCCGAGCCGAUUGCGCCUCCUAAAGACGAUCCUUACACACUCGAGAAACUCAAAGAGUUUGACGGGCAAGAUCCUAGCAAACCGGUAUAUGUCUCUAUCAAGGGCACGGUGUUCGAUGUCAGCGCCAAGCGUGAUACUUAUGGCCCUGGCGGUGGAUAUGCGCUAUUGUCCGGCAAGGACGCCAGUGUCGCACUUGGUAAAUCUUCAUUGAAGCCAGAGGACGCUAUCGCCGAUUAUAGCCAGCUGAAUCAAUCCGAGAGACAGACCCUUGACCAAUGGCAUAGUUUCUUUACCAAGAAAUAUAGCAUCGCCGGGACAGUUGUUGAUAUGCCAGAGGCGGUGAAGGACCUUUGA